AUGUACCAAUACGAGCAUAGCAUGACCUUUGAUUCCCAGGGGCAGGGAGGAGUCUACAGCGCCAACGCCAGCACGGGGUCUUCCAACACAAACAGUACCAGACAACAACACGCCACAGUCAAGAGAAGGAAUAGCAUCGAGUCAGACAGCUCCCUCGAGUUGAGAGGGCCAAUGGAGGUCGACGGAUCGGUCAAAUCCGGCGGAGGCGUUGCGUUCUCGGGGAACUUUGCAGUGAGAGAUCGCAUUGAGGCGUAUGGGGAUAUUAGUAUUGUUGGGGAUUUGAGGUGCAGUAGUAGGAUUAAGGCGUAUGGGAACGUCAAGAUUGAUGGGAGUGCGCUGUGUGUCGACAGAGUCAAAAUCUUUGGAAAACUCAAAGUCACCGGUACCUUUGAGGUCCAAGGGGACGUGGAAGUCUGGGGAGCCAUCACCAUCAAUGGGUAUCUCCUAACAGCAUACGCAUCCAUAACCACCGUCGGUGACCAAUCUUGGUAUCAAACCGAACAGGGCGAGAUCGUCCAUGGCGCUAAGCUGAUCCAGAGGACUAACUAUGAGGGAUAG